GGAAUAUAAUCUUUAAACAAUAUGGCGUCGGAGGUACUGGAAUUGUAAAUUACAGAGGCAUACCGUCGUCUCCUAAGUGAUGAUUAAAACUUUCUGAAAAACAACUCCUUUGUACGACAUCCAAGACAGCAUCAAUCUUCACCAUGGUGCUACAUCACAAUAUCAACCUCGGUCAGCGAGUGGAGGUCAAGAUAGGCUACUCUGUGUUUAGGGGAAUGGUCAAGUACAAAGGGACAGUAGUCAGCAGGAAGGGAGAGUGGGUCGGAGUUAGUCUGGAUGUUCCAGCUGGAGACAAUGAUGGUAUGGUGCUGGGGCGAAGAUAUUUCACCUGUAACAAGGACCAAGGCGUGUUUGUGAGGGCCAACUGUGUUCGUUUUAUCCCUGUGGUACGGAGAUUAUUUAACAAAUACCACAAAGUACGAGAGAACUCCUACGUUGAAGAGCCUCUCUUUGGUCCAUCUCCAGUCGCUUGUCAAGAACCUCCGAGAAUUUCAAAUCGUUAUCAAGACCAGUUACAAGGCCGCCAUUCUUUUGAUGACCUGAUGACCGGUCCAAAAAGCUACUCUCUGCGUCACUCGGUCAGUAGUAAAAUUCCAGCUGCCACCAUGCGACGCCCGAAAACUGCCAUGUCACAGUUCUCCUACAGAUCUUCACCAAUCCAUCGUGAAUACAUACCUGAGGGCGAAUUCAUAUCCUCACCCACCAUUCCAAAGACUCACAUGCCUCAAUCGGCUCUCCGUAACCAGGUACGGCGGGGUUGGGACGGUACUCACUACGUACGCGAGAUGUCUGUUGGAACUGGUAGGGACUCCAUGAAACUGUCCCAGUGGAAUGAUAUAUCGUACUGAUUAGAGAAGGCCGGUAUGUAGGUCUGAUAGAUAGUGAAGAAAGGAAAAACGAUCGCACAAAUCCUAUAUAUUUAUUUAUUGGAUAUGUUAAUAAUUUAUCUUUUACUGGUAUUGUUUUCCCUUUGGAAAUGAUUCCAAAUCUAAGGUAAAUUUUUACAAGGAGUGCCUUGUAAACCUCUGUAACAUUAACGAGAUAUUGAAUCAUCUAGAAUUAUUUUCUUGACACUAUGAAAAAUGCUUUUUACAAAAAUUAAUUUGUUGACAUUAUGAAAUAUAUAGAUUAUAAAGGACCUUGUACUGGUAUAAGUUAUAUUGAAGGCUUAAUAACGUAGAAUACUUUUUAUGUAGAUUAAGUUACAUUGUAUUAUAUAUAGCUUUUUUGUAUAGAUACACAAGAAAUACUAUAUGCUUAUCAUAUUGGUAAGCUAGAUAUAUACAUGUUACAUACAAACAAAUGUAUGUUUACUUAUUGGAGAACAAAAUCGUCAGAUGUACAAAAGUGAGUAGAGUAUGUUUAACAUCUUAUGUAUUGUGAAAACACCUGUUAGGGAUAGAUUUUAUAUCCCAGAAUGGAUGCUCGUUAAAAUCAACAGCAAAUGAUAACUUUAUUGUCAAUGCUUUGCUUUAAAUAUAUUUGACUCUGAUGUCAUUUCCUGCCAGGUAAUUAACAUGGCCAUAUGUGAUGGUUGUUCAGGUUAUAUCAUGAUGUAUUGAGAACUGCUGUUUGAAGAUGCUUGGCAAUAUAGAAACUAUAAAAAUGGUCAUAUUUUGCUUAAAUAUCUCUGAAUAAUUAACAAGACAACAUGCAUAGUGUACUUUAUGUAAUAUAUCAAUAAGAGAGAGGAAAUGAUUUAAAAUCUAAUUUAUUAGUGGCCUGUUGUAUUUCUCAAUGAUUGUAGGGUGGUCUGGUGGCUGGGUAGAUAGCAAACUUACCUCUCACCAUGGUGACAAGGACUUGAUUCCCCAAAUAAAUGUAAAUAGGUUUUGGGUCACCUGCUGGACCACCUGGGUUUUUGUCUGGAUACCCCCAUUUCCUUCCACAGUAAGAAUCUUUACACACUUCCAUCCGGGUCAACAAAAGUGAUUCAUGCAAGUUUAUAUGACUUGUUCCUCAAUUGCUUUAAACUAAAUCAAGUUUGUUGGUAAACAUAAUUAUCAAAAUUAAGAUCAUCUACCAUUUGUAUAAGGUGAUAACUGAUACCGGAGACACAAGGCAUUAUUUAACCAGAAAAUAUCCACCUAAAUUAUUUUGUGAUUUUUGAAUUAUUUCAAGUUCCUUACAAAUAGAUUGCUCAAUUCUGUAAUCAUUAAUGAAAAUACACUUAUUUUCUAUUUGAAGAACUUAACAUAGAUAAAAUGAUUUUAAUACACAGUGAUGUAUAUAUUUCUUAUUAUUUAUUAAAGUUAAUAUACAUGCCUAACAAAGAAAAAUCUUUCAUAGAAUGUAUCUUAUUUCAUUUAUUUCUAAUGCAGUUGAUUUUCAUAUGAUAUUUAUUUAUUUUUUAUUUAAAUUCAUAUUCAACAAUUAUUCUACACAUAGUCAUUACUAGAAAGUUUCAAAUAUAAUUGAUUUUAAUAUAUGAUACCAUUUACUAUAAAAGAGUGGUCAAUUUCUAACUAAUGAGCUUGGAGUAUCCCACGUUGAUAUAUACAGGAAUGUUUUGUGAUAAUUGCUUUAAAUAAUUUAUUACAGAGAUUGAUUUUCGUAAAAACAAUAUGAAGAAUCUUUUUAGAUGCUCUAUUGAUUAGAGAUUUAUUUUUUGCUGCCAUAAUUUUGGUGAGUACCUGGGAAGAAUUUCACUCCAGCAAAUCAGAAGAGUCGAAAUGCACAAAUUAAAAUCCAAUAUUUCCUCUUCUGAAAUUUAUUUGUCUUCAAUAAUUUAGAAACCUUGAUUCCAAAUACAGAAGACUGUGUAAUGUGUGUUAUGUGAAAUUCUGUGUCAUGAUUUAGAACUUUUGUUUGUAACAUUUUCAUGACUGUAUUGCGAACAAAACUUUUAAAUACUUUUAAAGUAAUAAUAAGGUUAAGAGUGUUUGUGGACCAAGGUCAAGGUCGGUAUAUAACAGGUUAUUGACCUUUAUAAUGUGGACGAGAUUUAAUUUAGCUUUGUAUAUUUACAUAUUGGUGAGAUGUGUUCGGUGAUGGGUGACAAACGAUUGUUUUGAUCCUCUUAAAUAUCUAUGCAUUAAUAAAUUCUGUAUUUGAUUUAUUUUAACUUAAGUCUGUGCCACCUGUCUUGUCUGUUGUAAUACUGGGCAAGUCUAACACAGGUCAAUUAAAAACAGAUAUUUGAAACUAAUCAAAACCUGCUGAACUUUUAAUCUAAAUUUUCCUAAAUUCAAUGAUUUCUCUUUCAUAUUGUAACAGUAUGUAAAUGAGGGUUAAAACAGAAGAAAUGUUUGAUUGACACCAUUAGUUUACACAAGAUCAACUCUAAUAUGAUUCACUAUAUACAUUGUAUAGUUAUUCAAGAAAUAGAUUUCUCAGCUGCAUUUUACUCCUCUAUCUACAUAUUAUCUUAUAUACAAUGUAUUAUGUACUUUAUAUUUAGUAUACAGUCAUCAUAUCUAAGGUAGAAAAGAAUUCUGUUUUUCUGACCAUAGAAAUCAGGGGAUCACCAGACUAAAGUGAUGAUACACGUAUAAGAAAGCUGAUUGGUCAAUAAAGCUGUUUUCACUAGUCUGUAACUUUAGCUGAUUGGUCGAUACAGCUGUUUUCACCAGACCGUUACUUGAUUGGUUCAGGAGUUGGAAAGCUGAUUGGUCAGUACAGCCAUUACUCCUAAAGCUAUGUGGUCGGUCGGUACAGCCAUUUUUACCAGGUCCUAACUUAGUCGGUUUAAGAGUCAUGGUGUUUUAUAUUAAGUUAUGAAAUGUGUGGCUUCCUUCUAUAGUAUAGAAGUUUAGUCUUUUUUUAGAUACCAUUAUAUUUAUCACAAAGUGACAAAUAUAGUUUCACUUAUUCUAAUGCCAUAGUUAAUAGAUUGUAAACAAACGGAAACUAAGCCAAUGUCUCAUAUAUACCUGUUUGUAUAAUGCAGUUAAAUAAUUCAUAAGUAGACAGUUGACCUCAGAUACCAAAGUUUUUCUAUUUUAACCUGUUUUUACCCCAGUAAAUGUAGUGUCGGUCAUGUUACAGUUGAUCUUAUUGAAAGUCUUUGACUUGUUUAUCACAGAAUUAAAAAGUGAUUUACAUUAGUAUGUGAUACAAAUCGGAUGUCAUCAGAUUAAGUAAUAAAUUCAUUAACACCUACUGUAGUAUUUAAACAGACACUGUCUUGUGAAGAAUGGUGGACUUCUGUACAGUAUGGUGUAAAUAUUGUUUUCAAUGGUUUCAUGGUUUUAAAUUUAAAGCAAUAAGAUUCAUAUUAUAUUAAAAUUAUGAAAUGAACCAUGUUUUUUUCAUCAAAAUCUGAUUAAAUUCAUCUAUUCAUGUUGUUUUUCACAACAUGUAUAAAUGAAGUAAAGAAUGGAUGAUUUUAAUCAAAUUGAUUGUUCUACCAAUUUUACUUUCAAGGCGUCUAUUAUUCACGAGUCUAUACUAUCCUUAAAGUAAAAGAGAAAAAAUAAUCAGCUUGAAAAUACACGUUUUCCUAUAGCCCUGUAAUGAUGCGUAUAUUGUCAAAGUUAAUUUUUACGCGAAUCUUUCUCCUGUUGACUUGAUAUAUAAACUGUUAUAUUUAUUACUUUUACACUUUCAUACACAAAUUGUAUCUGUGAUACUCUUGUUUAUCUGCUUAUAUAUAACUGUGUUUUAUCUGCUUGUAGUUAACUGUUGUUAAAUUACUUGUAGUUAACCGUUUUUUUUAUCUACUUGUAGUUUACUUGUAGGUAACUGCUGUUAAUUUACUUGUAAUUUACUGUUGUUUAUCUACUUGUAAUUUACUGUUGUUUAUCUACUUGUAGUUAACUGUUGUUUAUCUACUUGUAGUUAACUGUUGUUUAUCUACUUGUAGUUUACUGUUGUUUAUCUACUUGUAAUUUACUGUUGUUUAUCUACUUGUAAUUUACUGUUGUUUAUCUACUUGU